AUAUUUAGUGCAGCGCAUCCAGCAACGACAAGUGCAAGAAAAUGAGCACGUCAAAUGCAAGCCGUAAGGAAACGGAGCGCACGAAAUUGAUACAGGAAAAAUGCCAAACCCUAUUAACCCAAAUGCUGCGGGAUGAUGACAAUAAAUAUUGUGUGGAUUGUGAUGCCAAGGGUCCCCGCUGGGCAUCGUGGAAUCUGGGCGUGUUUCUGUGUAUUCGAUGCGCUGGCAUCCAUCGGAAUCUGGGCGUCCACAUAUCACGUGUGAAAAGCGUCAAUCUGGAUGCCUGGACGCCGGAGCAAGUUAUAUCGUUGCAAUUGAUGGGCAAUUCGCGUGCUCGAGCUGUUUACGAAGCGCAGCUGCCGGAUGGCUUUAGACGUCCACAAACAGAUACGGCUCUGGAGAAUUUCAUACGGGCGAAGUAUGAACAUAAAAAGUAUUUGGCAAGAGAAUGGGUGCCACCCUCGCCGCCCAAAGUCGAUUGGGCCAAGGAGAUCGACGAAGAACUGGAAAGGCAAAAGCGCAAAAAGAAAGCAGGGCAAACCGGAUUGGGCAUUAGCAAUAUAUCGAGCAACAGCGACAAACGCAUUGCGGCUGCGACAGCGACGAAAAGCACACCGCUGCCAGCGCCGCUGCCCAAACCAAAGCCCAAUCAGGUGGGCGGCUGCAGUCCAAAGACUUCGCAUCGUGCGCAAAACACCAAUAGCAUAAGUAGUGGUGCUGCCGAAAGUGAUCUGUUGGGACUCUCCUCGCCCACGAAGCCAAUAGCAGCGAGCGCUGUACAGGAUCUGCAGAAUGAUAGUUUCACGAGCUUCUUGAGUGCCAGUAGCAGUAAUGUGACACCGGAGAAAACGAAUGGCAAUGGGAAUGGAAUUUGUGGCGACGUCUCGCUAACCAUGCCCACCAGUCAGCCCAAUUCGUUGGCUCAACAGGAGCAAGACUUCUUCAGUCAAGGCACACUCAGUGCUGGCGACAAGGAUCAGUCGGGCAAGAUGUCCAAGGAUAGCAUAUUGGCCUUAUAUGGCAAUGCGCCAACCACACAUAAUCCACAACUGAGCUUCGGUAAUUUCACGGGCAUGGCACCGGGCGGUUACAUGCACCCUCACCACCAGCAGCAGCAGGUACCGCAGCAAACGCAUCAUCAUCAGUUUAUGACACCUCCCAACUCAGUGAGCAUGUAUAAUGCACCCGUUAUGGCCGCACCAAACGCAUUCAGCAAUGCACCCACCGGUGGGGCGAUGAAUCUAGUUGGCAAUGUCGCCUUUGGCGGUGGCCCAUUUCCAAAUGCGACCACUGCUAGCUCAUAUAUGGUGGGUAGCAACCAACAAUCAGCAAACAAUCUGAUGCAAACCAAUCAGAGUUUGCUUAGUGGCAUGCAACUGUUUGGUAAUGCUGGGCCAGCGGUGCAGGCCACACCACAAUUACAACCACAGCUGCAGCAGCAGCCGCAGCUUGGCAUUGGCAUGAAUCUGAUGCAGCCGCUGUCGAGCGGUUUGCCUUCCACGGGUUAUCCGGCUGCAACGGGCACUACGGCCACGUCUGUGACGUCCAACUUAAAUCAGCAAUUUGGGAAUUUAAAUAUUGGUAAUGUUUGGCAAUAAAUGAGGGGAAGAGAGACUCUUCUGCUGCAUUCCUUUAUUGAAGAACGUUCACAUAUGCUGAAUAUAAGUUAUAAAUUGUUAAUAUAUAACUUUUUGUACCUACUUGCCUACGUUGUCAUCGUCGAAACUUCCGUUGUAUUAAUAGAAGAAUUUUGUAUUAUGGUUUUUUUU